ACUAUGAGCAUCGCUGACGGCCUAGGGUUGCGUGUGAUUGGAUCAAACACCCUUUGAGCCUGAAGCACUACCGGUUAUGCACUCCGGUGUGACAGUUGAGUAAGGAGAUGUGAACCACAACUCCGUGUUCUGCGCAUGCGCCUUGAACGAAACCGUUCGUCAUGGCCGACAGCAGCUGGACGAGCUCUGCAGAGAGUUUGAAAGGUGUUAUUUUGGAUCUCUGCGGGGUUUUGUAUGACAGUGGAGAGGACGGCGGGACUCCAAUCCCUGGUUCAGUGGAAGCAGUGAAAAGACUCAAAGCAUCGGACCUGAAGCUCCGUUUCUGCACCAAUGAGACCCAGGCCAGCAGAGACAAGUUUGUGGCCAAGCUGCAGAAAAUGGGCUUUGACAUUUCCGUGUGUGAGGUGUUCUCCCCAGCCCCCGCAGCCGUGGCUGUCCUGAAAGACCGGGGGAUGCGACCCCAUCUGCUGGUCUACGAUGGACUUCUCUCUGAGUUCGAGAGUGUUGACCAAACCAACCCUAACUGCGUAGUGGUUGGAGAUGCCGCAGGGAAGUUCACCUACGAGAACCUGAACGAUGCAUUCAGGGUUCUCAUCGGCCUGGAGAAACCAGUGCUGUUCGCGCUCGGAAAAGGGAGGUAUUACAAGGAGGCCGAUGGCUUAAAUCUGGAUGUGGGCCCGUACAUGAAGGCUUUAGAAUACGCCUGUGACGUGGAGGCGGAGGUGAUCGGGAAGCCGUCCUCUGCGUUCUUCCACAGCGUCCUCAGUGACAUGGGCCUUCAGCCUCACCAGGUGAUGAUGGUCGGGGACGACCUCGUUAACGACGUGGGCGGGGCCCAACUCUGUGGAAUGAAGGGUCUGCAGGUCCGGACUGGCAAAUAUAGGUCAGUGGUUUCUGUUCUGUGCUGAAUGGACCCCCACACACACACACACACACACACACACACACACACACACACACACACACACACACACACACACACACACACACACACACACACACACACGAAAACACACACACACACACACACACACACAUGAAAACACACACACACACGAAAACACACACA